AUGGUGAGUAUCAUUACAAUCAUUGGGCCAGCCCCAAAAGGGGUGGAUCUCUCUGAGGAUACGAUAAAGAAGGACAAUGCGGUGGUGAUAAGUAUUUCUUGUCUCGCGAUGAUCGCAGUCGCGAUCAGAAUUCAUGAAAAGUUGAAAGGGGGGAAAACGGACCUUAAGAAGCUGGCUCUUGAUGAUUGGCUUGUUGCUGCUGCUCUUGUUCCUCUUAUCGCAUUGCUAGCCAUUGCGCUUCUUGCGGGACACCAUGGGAUGGGCAAACACAUUUGGUUGACGUCGGUUGAGAAUAUGAUAGAAAUGAAGAGAAUCCUAUUUGCCUACCUCUUCAUCUACAUCUUCGAGCUUUUCAUCGUCAAGCUGUCCUUGCUUUUGUUCUAUCGUCGUAUAUUUGGGACAAGCAGCAGCUAUUACAUCUGCAUGAUUUUAGCUUCGGGUUGGACUUUCGGCAGCAUGAUCGCUCUUGUAACCUGUCCAGCGCCCGUGUCGUAUUUUUGGACCGAACUCAUAAACCCCGGCGACGGACACUACAGAUACGAUUUUUACAAAUAUUACAUCGGGAACGCAGCAUCGAACGUUGUCACGGACUUUCUAAUUUUGCUCGUCCCGCUUCCCGUCAUUUGGAGAUUAAAAAUGCGGGUCACACAGAAAAUAAUGGUGUCUGGAGUUCUUCUGCUGGGUAUCUUUGUCUGCGCCAUUAGCAUCGUUCGGUUACACUACAUCACCUUCCUGAAAGAUAAUAUAGAUCUCACCUGGACUAUGGGGAAUGUAUACGUCUGGUCGACAUUGGAGCCCUGCAUAGCAAUCAUAUGCGCAUGUCUUCCCGCCCUACAACCCGUCAUCCAAUCGGCGAUGAAACUCGAAUAUAUUAUACACCUCCGCACCCACCUCCGCCCCAGCAAUCGAGCGCAGCAAAUCUUUCGAUUGGAGAAGCACUUCAGCAAUAGCAGCCACUGCAGCGGCCGCGGACUACGGCCUAUGACCCCUUCGACGAACAGGCCGGGAUCCAUUGAGCCUGGUGCUGAUAUCGAGACUCAAUGUGUUCCUGUAAAGACUGCGUCCCCGAGAGCUUCUCCCAAGGACAAGAAAAGACUGGAGGAGUACUUGGGCCCGAUGUAUAUCUUGGUACAGCAUGAUGUUGAGUGGUCUGAAACUCACAUCGUGGACUAA